UAUUUUAUGUGUAAAUAGUAAAUACCCACAAUUAUUGCUAAAAUUAAAAGAACCAUCUUUAUUUCCAGUAAGCUGGAAAGUUGUUUACUACUAAACUUAGUGUUAUUAUUUUUUACUUUUGCGUUAAGUAUAAUAAACCAAAAUGAAUGUAAAGGUAACAACAUUCACAAAUCCAUUUUCGUUCUUUUGUGUCUCUGACAAUAAUUACUCUGUAAAUGAGACGUAUGAACCAGCUGAAGAUGCAGAAGAAGCAAGAACCAAAGGUGUUCAAAAAAAUUUUAUGUCUGACGUUAAUCACGGCCAAUAUGUUUUAGUGAUGUGGAAAAAUAAGUGGAGUCGAGGUAUUGUAAACAUGCAGACCCAAUUUUUGAUUUGGUUAGUAGAUUUUGGAAUAUUCGUACGACCAAAUGAUAAAACUGUUCUAAUAGAUCUGCCAUCUGAGUAUAAAAAGUAUCCAUCAAAAGUAUUUGAGGCAAGUGUUCAUGGUGUGGUCCCCAUGGAUAAGAUCUUAUGUGUAGAAGACUGCAAUGUCACCAGUAAAAGAAGAACUCACUGGACUCAAGGAUCUGUAGAACGUGCUCAGUCACUUCUAAAUAAUGCUAUUAAAACUGUGUUCCAUCCCAUUGCCAUUUUAACAACCAAGCACAAUGAGAUUGUUUUAGGAGACCUUAUUAUAUAUCAUGCUAAGGGUAAAAUCAAUUUGAUUGAGGAACUUGAUCAGUGGCCAGGUUUCUUAGAUCAAGACAGCGAAGCCUAUAUCACAGGUCUAUCAUCCUUCUACACCAGUCGUCGACACCAUCGAGCAUGUCUUCUUAAGCCAAGCUUUCCAGAUUUAGAUAUACCCUACAUCACUUUAGAGACUGCAAGUAUUGAGUACUUUACAAUAAUAAAGGCUUUGAAAAGUAAAUUGCAGGAAACAAGGCGUAGCGACACAUCCGAAGAAACUGAUAUAAGUAUUUCGACGGCUAUGUGCGACGACGUUUACGCCUUAUGUAUUACACCUGGGGAUAUAGAAAAGUAUUCUAAAAGGUAUAUCCUAAUCAAUGACAGAAAUUAUAACGUGUUGCAUAUCCUUAAAAAUAAAGCUAGGGAUUUAAGAAUGUGUGAACAGUAUAAAGACCAUGAUCGUAAGUCUAUUGGUAGAGCUUGUUUUUAUAAUAAGAAACUAAAUUUCUAACUCGUUACUCAGACAAUAUGCCUUCAUGUUAAUGUUACAUUUGUUAUAAAUUUUAUCUAGGUAGUAUUAUUUCAGUUAACGUUUUUUAGCCAACUUCCAAAAAAGGUUCUAUGUUCGGCUGUGGUUUUUUCUUAAGUUUGAG